AUGAGUGCCUCGCCGCGCAGCUCAACAACAGCCAUCAACUCGCUCCUGCUCGGCGGAAUUAUCGCACACGCCGCUGCGUUCGCCCUGCUCGGCGGAAUUAUCGCACACGCCGCUGCGUUCGCUCUGCCCGAGUUCGCUCGCAAAGUCAUCGAGGCCGCAAAAGCAAACCUCGACACGCCCGAAAAAUCUGCCUCAGCUCAAUCAUCUGAUCGAUCCCGGCAAAAAAAUCCUGCCCAUUGGUCCUGA